GUUACUUGAUAAGAUAUCCUCAAUUUAAAUGUGUCUAUAAGAUAGAAAUGAGUAUUUUUAUUCUGGAAACAUGCAUUAUUCCAAAAUAAAAUUGUCAAACUAAGCAUCCUUGGAUGUUGCAAAAUCCUUAAACGUGAAACCCAAAAUAUCUUAUUUGAAUAGUUAUUUACUCAGUUGUAACAUUUUAAAACUAGAAUAGACAAAAUAUAAUUAUUCAUGCUAAAAUUAGGAUGUCGUAAAGCCAAUGACCAAAAAUAUGUAUAUAGCUCUUAAAACUAAAGACAUUUUUAGAAAAAAAAAGUUCAAUCUUGGCAGGUGGCAAAUCGUGCAGUGUAUACAUGUAUACACAGACUGUGUAUUCUAUAUGUAAUACAGCUGUUAUUUUCAUUGCAUCAUAUGAGGCGCCCUAUACAUGAACAAAACCUUUUUAACGGGAGGAAAUGCUCUGGUGGAUUUUUGCAGGCAGAUUCUAGGUUAGAUCUUAAAAAUGCAAAAAUAAUAAAUAGUGCACUGUCGAUACACAUGGAGGUACAGUGUGUGUUUUAUUGCAACCCCAAAAAAGAUUUGCAAUAAAAGAAAAGCAUUUGAAAUGUAAAAAUAUUUUGAUUGCAAAUUUUCUUUGGUUGCGUAAAAAUACAUUCAUCCCCAAAAUGAACAGCUUGUUUGAGAUUUAUUAUCUUAAUUGAGUACGGAUUAUUUUGCUACUGUUUUUUUUUUUUUUUUUUUUGCAAAUUGAUGCUUUGUUUACCAUCACCCUUUCCAGUACAAACCAUCCACAAAUGUUGAUUUUGUCUGCAGUGCAUAUUAAACAUGCAACAGUGUUGUCUGUCUAAUUGUAAAUAAUGCAGACGAGGCGUGUUAACUGAGUUCUCAACGUUUACUCACACAGCGUGCUGAUAAUCACAUUCUAGCUGCCGGUAUGGCGACAUACUACCUUCUUGGGGCUACCGCGCAUGCUCGUUAUUACUGUUGCAUGCUGGGUAGUGUAGGUCUUGUAUUCUCGGCCUAGUCCUAGCUCAUAACAUCACAGCAACUAAGCGACUGGGCGCGGCUUAAUCAUGUCCACACGUCAACAAACACGUCAGCCGCUCUAAACUGCAUGAAGUGUUUCGUCGCUUUGAAAGAUUAACUCGGGUUGCUCAAGUCAGUUUCUAUGUUGGCGACACAUACACCAAGAUGUCUCUAUAGGCCACAGAACGCAAGAUGCGAUGUUAUCUGCGUGCAUUUCUCCUGUGCGCCGGGGUCGCCUUCGUGUCGGUCACCGCGGAGGAUAGCCGGCGGAGGGGGAUCAGCGAGCUGACGGUAUCCGACGCAGGGAGGCAUGACGCGGGGACCGUUGUCAGGAAAAGCCCUGGAUUGACAGGCCGCAAACUGGACCGGUGUAAGUCACAGCCAGUUUCUUACUGGAAUCCAUAUUGGAGACUGCCUACUGAUGUUUGUGGACUCAACUGCUUUUUGGAAUCGUCCUUUGGAGACGACAAUAAGGCAGUCUAUGAAGCCGAGAAGCAAGGCGAGGGGAGCAGUCACGUGGCCGUGGUAGCCUGUGGACCCCGGCUGGACGAGACUCUAACCAUGCUGAAGUCUGCCGUCCUGUUCAGCAAAAAGCCUGUGAAAUUUUACAUCUUUGCCGAAGACGAGCUUCACAGCAGCUUCAGAGAUGCACUUCACUCCUGGCCUCGAUCUGUUCGGGCUCGGUUCAACUUCACCAUCUACUCCAUCAUUUUCCCUACGGAGAAUGAGAACGAUUGGAGGAAACUCUUUAAACCGUGUGCCUCUCAAAGGCUCUUUUUGCCAGUAUGUUCAUCCAACAUCUUCAGCAAUCAAACAUCUACAAAAAUAAUGCUAAAAAAUAAAUUUGCUAUUUUCCCUAAGCUCAUCCUGAAGGAGGUGGACUCCUUGCUGUAUGUGGACACAGAUAUCCUCUUUCUGCAGCCUGUGGAAGACAUCUGGGCCCUCUUCACGGAGUUCAACGCAAGCCAGCUGGCCGCCGUGGCUCCAGAACAUGAGGAGCCACGUAUCGGCUGGUAUAAUCGCUUCGCCCGCCACCCUUACUACGGACAGACUGGCAUCAACUCAGGGGUCAUGCUCAUGAACAUGACACGCCUCAGGGAAACUUUUUUUAAGAAUGAUAUAACUGCUGUUACACUUAAGUGGAGUGAAAUAUUGAUUCCCCUCCUGCACAAGUACAAACUCAACAUCACCUGGGGGGACCAGGACCUUCUCAAUAUCAUAUUCUACCAUAACCCAGAAAGCCUCUAUGUGUUCCCCUGCCAAUGGAACUACCGUCCAGACCACUGUGUUUAUGGCAGCAACUGCAAGCUGGCAGAGAAGGAGGGCGUCUUCAUUCUUCAUGGGAACAGGGGAGUCUACCAUAACGAAAAGCAGCCAGCGUUUAGAGCCGUCUAUGAGGCCAUCAAACAGUACUCCUUUGGCGACAACAUGGAGACCUCACUGCUUCAGCCCCUGGAAGCAUCUCUACAGACCACCACACAUUCUUAUUGUGGACGGGUGAGCCACCUGUUUACAAAGAAGCUGAAACAGAGUAUAAAGUCUGUCAUACAGGGAAGGUGAUUACGGUAGUCCAGAAAUCACACCCCAACUCCCAAUACCGUAAUUUAGAUCUAUUCUGUCAAGUAUCAUAUUUUCCAGACUAUAGAGCAGACUGGUAUAUUAGCCGCACCACAGGGUGUAGGCUAGUAUAGUACUGCCAUACUAUUGAAUCAUAUCCGGUACUAUACCGCCACUAAAAGGUACUGCCCCCACCCCCCCUCAUGACAUAGCUGGUCUUACAAGCAGAGGAACAUGUUUGGCAGUGCACAAUCACAGUACUUACAAGCAGACACGGUGUGUAUACAUAAAAAGGAGAAUGGAAGUAUUUCGGCCAAAAAAAGUAAAGAUAAAGGUCAAGUUAUAACACUGAAACGCCCUCAGGAAGAGGUGCUUUAAGACAUGGCUAGCUAGCUAGCGGCUGCUGUCCUUCCGCAGUCGGAGGUGUUUUAGCUACCUCUAAUUCACUAAUCCUGGCCUCAAUGGCGACAAAUAAAGUGCGUUUCUUACAAGUAUUAUUGUCACUGCAGGACGAGGAAUAGCUAAACUUACUUAAUUAAACGCCGUAGGAUAUAAUAGUUCACCGCUAACAAAAGCUAGCGCUCCUCAAUGUAAACAAAUUCACUGUAUCAUUACAGUGGAUCUACACCUGACAUCCACUGUAAUGAUACCAAGUACAAUAGGAUAUCUAGUCAUUAUUACUAUGAUUACAUCGAUAUAUUUUUUAAUCAUCGCAAAAUCUUUUUUAUUCAUAUUAUGUUUAUAAACUCAGUAAAUACGUCCCUGGACACAUGAGGACUUUGAAUAUGACCAAUGUAUGAUCCUGUAACUACUUGGUAUCGGAAUGGGUGGAAUCAUUCAAAACUAAUGUAAAGUAUCAGACAACCGAAGAAUAAGUGAUUAUUACAUUUUAACAGAAGUGAACAGAAAAUACCCAAAUCCAUCCAUCCAUUCUUUUGAGGUCGCGGGGAGUCGCUGGUGCCUCUCAGAUGCAUUCGGACGGUAGGUGGUGUACACCCUGGACAAGUCGCCACCUCAUCGCAGAAAAUAAUCAAAUAUUAACAGUAAAUGAACAGGUAGCUUAAUAAUUCAUUUUUAAACUUUGUCUUUCAUAAUGUUGACAAAAUAAUAGAAUAUAAAUGACACAAUAUGUUACUGCAUACGUCAGACUAAUUAGGAGCCUUAGUUUGCUUACUUACUAAUAAAAGACAAGUUGUCUAGUAUGUUUACUAUUUUAUUUAAGGACAAAAUUACAAUAUGAAACAUAUGUUUAAUGUACCGUACAUUUUUUUGUUAAGAUGAAGCCAAUAAUGCCAUUUUUUGUCAUCUUCUUCAUUUACAAAAGUAUGAAAAAACAUUUGUGUACCAGUACCUAAAUACUGGUAUCAGUACAACCCUAAGUGCGCUAAAAAAAUGACAAGAAAUGACAGGCAAAAGUCAAUUUCUAGUUCCUAACCUAUCUGUUUUAAACACUUUUGAAAGUAUGUCAUGACUAAUUCUGCAAAUCUGCCCCUCCGCCCAACCCACCAAGUAGUCUGUGGGAAAGACGAAUCUUCGUGUUUUAAGUAAAUAAACGACCUGUAUCUUUGAAUAGUUCCAUGCCCUUCAUCUGUUUUCAAACAGUUCCACGGCUUUCUUCAAAGAUUUUUGGUACAUGCCUCCCAAUAAGCUGCAUGACAAACACAUAGGUGCCUACUGAAUUAUUAUCUAUUUAUAACUGCCAUACUGUGUGUGUGAUUUGAGUGGUACUACUUAAUUUUUUAUGUGUUUGAGUGCUGCUUCAUAUGAAAUACUAUCAGCACUUCCUUUUCAUUUUCCCCCUCACCAUGGAAGAAAACAUGUCGAGAUUACUUUGGCCCUCCAAAGAUUAUUACAUUUCACAGCAGAAAGAGGGGGAUAUGUAUUAAUGGCAAGAUCAUGACAAUAAUAAGAGGAAUAAUACAUUUUGUUUAGAAUCACUUUUCAAAAAAACUUAAUUCGCAACAAGUAGAGUUAACAGAAUAUAUGACUUCAUACACACUACCUACAGUCCAGUAAGGUAGAAUAAAGAACAAUUGUUCCUUUCUAUUUUCACAUUUUGGUACAAAUGAGUGACUUGUGACAAAGCCAAGCAAAAUAAUGACUUGAACUGGUUGUGUUAUGUCUUUAAAUUAAUUAUUUAUAUUAUAUUCAAUAUUUGUACGAGCCAUGUACACAGCUGUAAUGUUUGCAGCUGAUGCUAGCAUUAAACUUGAAUGUCUUAAAGUAAAGUGGAAAAUCAAGUUGA